AACUAUCCUAAUAAAUACAUAUCGCCAUAGUGCACAUUUAACACAAGAACACUAUAUUUUCCCCCGAUAUACUUUUCUUUUAGGAGCAAGAAAUCAACAACCGCGUCAUUUGACGACGCGGAAGUGCCGUGGCCGGAACAUAACAAGAUGGAGUCCCGUGCGCGAGGAGGCGACCAAGCAGAUCAAAUCCAGCAGACCAGCGCUCUCCUGCUGAAUGAUUUCAUCUACGACCGAAUCCAGCGUGAUGGAGACAGUCGCUCGGUGCUGAGCAGAGAACAACUUGGGAUUGAACGAGUGUGUGACCCACACUUAAAAGACAUCAGCAUGUGUCUGCGGAAGAUCGGAGAUGACCUGGAUGGAAAUAUCGACUUCAGAAGGUUGGUCAAUGAAUCCAAUAUCGUCCCGAAUAAAGAAACGUUCAUGAAAGUAGCGCUGGAGAUCUUCUCCGAUGGGAGAUUCAACUGGGGCAGAGUGGUCACCCUGUUCUACUUCACCUUCCGGCUAGUCGUGAAAGCUAUUACAAGUAAUGUCCCUGACAUCAUCAAGCAAAUUAUUGGCUGGACCUUGGACUACCUCACGAAUUACGUUCUGGACUGGAUCAGGGAGCAAGGCGGCUGGGAGGGCGUGCGUGCGUACUUCGGAACACCCACCUGGCAAAUGGCCAUGGUUUUUGGAGCUGGUGUUUUAACGGCUUUAGUCGUCGUCCAUACGUUAAAAGCCACAUGAGUGAGAUGGGCAAAGCAUGAAGUGGAAGCAAGCAGUGACCCGAAGGAGAACAGUCGACGCUACUCAUAGAUUCAGCUUGUAAAAAAAAGGACAACCAUCUCCGCCUUCCCAGUGAAUUUCAAGGUAUUGCCGGCUGUCAGUUGCACUACGUGUCUACAUGGCCACUCAGGUGACAAUACCGAUGUAAAGUUCUUCUCAUUCGGUUCACUCUAGAAUUCAUGCAUUUAAAUCAUUUGUUUUGCGCUUUACUAGGACUGAACACGUGGAAAAUUCUCAACAUCAUUUUCAUUGCUUUUUUUUUGGUUCAUAUAAUUACCUGACAUUAUAGAAGCUUUCAAGCAGUUACAUUUUGGAUAUGAGGAGAUAUUUUCGCAAUAGUUAUUUGGUACGGACCAGAUGGUAUUCUGACUGACUCUGAACAAUUUAAAGUGAUAUUUAAAAUAUAAGGCAUGAUUUCAUGAUUUCUUGCAAGAGAGCAGGUUUUUUUGCACUCAAAUAAGAUGCUGUUGUUUACAGAACGAGUGCCACAGCAGAAUCUUCUACCAAAGCAAUAAUUGUGAAACCCUGUAUUAUAUGUUCAUAAACCUUUGGCGUUUUGUUUCUUGACCCAGGAUGAAAAUGCCUGUAGCCGUUCGGUUUCUUGCUCGGUCGCGGAAUCUUACCUCACAUUACUUCAUGUAAUACUGUAUAUUUUCUUGCUUCACAUAGUCCGAUCUCACCGAAUUCUUAAAAAUGGUUUUGUUUUGUAAUCGUUCCUCGUCUGUCAGUGCCUUGGUUUCUGUUUCUAAAAAUGUAAAUAAACUUUCCACCUUUUUUUACAUUUGUACGGCAAGUUGUAGUUCAAAUUUUGUGCAACUUGUGGCUUGUAAUAUAUAAAAAUAAAAUAAUAAAAAAGUGUU